AUGGAGCACAGCCCAACAACUCAGUAUCUCCGACUUCUAGAUGAACUCAGUACCGGUGACUGCAGAAUUCCUGGCUAUGUUACUAGUACAUUGCUAAAAUACGCGCAACCUAUAUACCGAUCAGAAAGAGAAAAAAAGUACAGCGAACCUAUGGUUUGGAUUGGGUUGUAUAUCGCGUGUGCAUCUCUUGUUUGCAUCCUUACUAUGGUGGCUGAUUUAUUACAUGGCAUGCGUAGGGGGAAGCUAUGGUUCCCGUGCAAGUAUUUUAGAAUCAAUUCUGCCUUUCUCACUGUAAUAUCCGUUGCAAUGAAGUUACCGGUGGAUCUAAGUGGUUCCAUGCCUGGUGAUGUGGACCAAGUGGCAAAGCUCGGAAGCAUGGCCUUCAUGUGCACCAUGAUGGCUAAUUUAUUGCCUUGUUUAUCAACCAUGGACAACAAUGCACUCUGGUCGAACAUCACAGCUUUGUGUCUUCUUGUGAUCACAAUGGUUGUGAAUAUUUGCAUUCAAAUACAAACAGGAGUUGUGUCCUAUAAAGAAGUUGCCCCUAUUAUCAACGUUAUUUCCCCCUUAUAUGAGGUUAAAAUUAACAAAGAUCGUAAUAUCAUACUAGCCUCCAUUUAUGUGACUUUGUUACUUUGGUUGUUGCUAGUACAUGUAUGUUCAUGUUUAGCGAUUCUAAAAUCCAAAAAGAUUAUAGAAUCAAAAUACCAACAAGGUCACGAUCGAGCUUUGAAAGAAAUCAAACAGUCAUCAGGAGAAUUGUUAACAGUUGAGCAGCUGCAAAAACAUGUGAAGAACCACUGGAUCAUGGCAGGAAGUGGCAGCCCCCAAUUCAUAACAGCUUGCUUUCGUACCACAUCUGCUUCUGGGGUAAUAUGUGUUUUUGUCACCAUCUUACAUACUCUUACUAUGUUCUGGAGUAUUGAUGCUAUUAUGGAAGAGGACUGUGAUUCAGAUUAUGGUCGAUCCAUGAUAGCAAUUGUGAUAGUACAGUUUAUUGGAGUCGUGAUUGGUACAAUUGCACCACUUUCUCGAUGUUUUGCAGCCUUAAGCUUUAAAGUGUCCCUCAAAAUAGUUUCAAACGAUUUUAAGGUUUUUAAACUAAAGAGCUACUGGACAUCGAAGUUAUAUGACUGGAAACGUGCUAGUUUAAAGCUCCCAUUUCGUAACCACAGUCUCAGCGUCAUCAUCGAGACUUCGAAAAAGCUAAUUCUCUACAUUUGUAUAGAAUUCCAGGGGGGAUUUGUUGUGUUUAGUUCAUUGGAAGAAAAGACCAACUUCUUGGAACGAAACGAAGAUCUUCGUCCAUAUGUUUUGCAACUUGAAGAUGAGAUGGAGCUUGCAAAGAGAACAUUGGAGGGCCUUUCAAAAUCUGUGAACCGAUUGAUCCAAAAUGGUGAAAAGAGCCACGCCAACGAUAAUCUCAUGAGGCUAAUUGAACAAAACCCUGCCAGAGGUUUCCUGGGAGUUGCGGAGUUUGACAACACAGAUGAGUAUGACAUGCAACAUGUUCCAUUUUUACUACUAAAAGUAGAACAUCAAAAUUGUUGGAGCUUACCGGUGGUAACCCUAACUACCAUCGCGAUUUUGCUUCCUAAAAUAAAAAAGGUGGACGUUGAUAACUUGUUGAAAGGUGUGGAGGAAGGUCUGCGAUACGUCAAACUUGUUGAAGAAAACCUGAACGCUACCAAUGACUUUGUAAGCGUUCAAGAGGCUGCAAAAACUUUGUGGAAAGAAGUUGACAUCGACCACAAAUGGUUAGGACACAAGUUGCAAGACCCCUCUUCUCAAGUGAAAACCACUAGACAGAUUGUUGAAUGGUUCAGGGAUACAUCUGAAAACAUAGUUUACUCGGAGGUCGCAAGUAGGAAAGAUGAUUCCAAAGGCAGGUCUAUGUGUGCCAACUCAAUGUAUCGUAUAACCAAAACGAUAUUGAGUACCAACAGUGCCAACAUUGAUGAUGAGGAUAGCCAAAAGGAACUAUUUGGUAACUUAUCAUCAAUGAUCACUGACAUAAUCACUGCUUGUCUCACAAACUUACCUCAAGUCAUUGAGAUGAAAUGCCACACUAGUGCAAUAGAGAUAAGGGAGGCCAGUGUCAAAGACGCAGCCCGACUUCUGGAUUUCUUAGACGAUAAUGUUCAUAAAUGA